AUGGCUCACUCCGGGACUCAGGGCAGCGUGGGCAGCCACGGCACCACCAUCGCCGUGCGUAUCUACAAAAUCUGCCUCUUUGAGAAGGAGAACUUCCAGGGCCGUCAUGUAGAGCUGAAGGGGGAGUGUGCUAAUCUGUGUGAGCGAGGCUUAGGAAGGGUCGGCUCUAUCAAGGUGGACUGCGGACCCUGGGUGGCGUUUGAGCAGCAGAAUCUGAUGGGCGAAAUGUUCGUGCUGGAGAAGGGGGAAUACCCGCGCUGGGAUUCCUGGACCAACAGUCACCGCUGCGACCAGCUCAUGUCCAUCAGGCCAAUCCGCGUGGAGGGACAGGAGCACAAGAUCUGCCUGUUUGACUGCUUCAACUGCGAGGGCCGCAAGAUGGAGGUGUGUGAUGAGGACAUCCCCAGUCUGUGGGCUUACGACUUCCAGGACCGAGUGAGCAGCAUCCAGGUCACCGGCGGAGCGUGGGUGGGGUAUCAGUACCCAGGCUACAGGGGCUAUCAGUACCUGUUUGAAAACGGUACCUACAACCACUGGAACAAAUGGGGCGCCCCGGACCCGCAGAUUCAGUCGCUCCGCAGGGUGAAGGACAUGCUGACGCACCGGCGCGGCUGCUUCGAGGGCGAGGCGGCGAAGUGA